AUGGGGUCAAGAUCGUACGACAAAGUCGCUGAUAUCUACGAUCAACUUAUGCUUCAGGGUAUAUUUACCUUAAUGAUCUGUGAAAUAUCCACAAAAUGUUGGAAGGGGUUCGUUCGAAUUGCAAAGAGAUGUUUGCUUAGCCAUCCAAAGGAGCGCCCUACCAUGGUUGAGGUUGUUUUCUGUCUUGAAUCUACACUGAACAUACAAGACAAAAUCAACAGUUCCUUGCAGCCCAUGAUGAUUCAAAGUUUUGGAAAGGUAUCCAGAGGUCGGGUUGAAAACAACACUUUCAUCUCUACAAAUCCUGAUGUUGGUAUUAGGAAGCACAAAGAAGAAGGUUUUCAGCGACAUACUACAAGUCUGGGACAAAAGAUGAAUAUGUUGUUGAAUGGGAUCAGGUGGUUUGCAAAAGAAUUGGGGAAGUUGGAUUUCAAUAUGGAAUUCAAUACUAAUGAAGGAGAAGAUGAUACUACUGGAGGUAUGGUAGCUGCAUUGACACCCUUACCUGUCAUUGGAGUUCCUGUGCGUGCUUCAGCAUUAGAUGGCCUUGACUCCCUUCUCUCUAUUGUUCAGGGUUCUGCAGGAGAAACCAAACUUGAGAAAGAGAAAGUGGGAGAUGUAAAGGGGAUGAUGGCAUUGAAAGAAAUAACAAUGAUACAGAUGUUAAACCCACUGAAAAGGUUGAGGAUGCUUCCUAGAAAGAAAGUGAAUCCAAUGUGAUUAAGGAGGACAUGUUUGAAGCUGAAGCACUUCAUGUGAUUAUAGUAAGCCAAAAUUUCCUUGUUGAGUUUCUCAGUUUAUGUUUCUUGUUUUCCCAUUAUAAUAUCUUA